UAUAAAAAAAUACUACAACUAAACACACACAAGCCAACUUUUGUACCAAAGAAAAAAUGGGCAGCAAUUGGAAGAAACUAAGUGGAGAAGACGAUUGGUGCAACCUACUAGAUCCUCUAGACAACGAUCUUCGGCGAUACAUCAUCCACUACGGCGAGAUGGCUCAGGCGGUACGAGAUGCUUUUAACGCCGAGAAGGUAUCAAAAUACGCCGGGGACAGUUUAUACAAGCCGAGUGAUCUCCUUUCACGAGUCCAAAUCGAGCAAGGAAACCCUUACAAAUAUAAAGUCACAAAAUAUAUUUAUGGUACGUCAGCGAUCCACCUUCCAUCAUUCAUCGUGAAGUCGUUGUCAAGAGAGGCUUGGUGCAAGGAAUCGAACUGGAUAGGGUAUGUUGCGGUGGCUACAGACGAAGGGAAGACCGCAUUAGGGCGGCGAGACAUUGUGGUUUCUUGGAGAGGCACUGUGCAAACAAUGGAAUGGAUUAAUGAUCUUAAAUUUGAUAAAGUUUCUGCUCCUGAUAUAUUUAAAGGGGACCAUAAUGUCAAAAUACAACAUGGGUGGCAUUCUAUUUACACUACUGCUGAUCCCAAAUCAAGAUUUAACAAAUCAUCUGCUAGAGACCAAGUUCUUGAAGAGGUGAGACGGUUGAUAGAGUUACACAAGGACGAGGACGUAAGUUUGACGAUAGUCGGGCAUAGCAUGGGCGCGGCACUUGCAACGCUCAAUGCGGUUGAUAUUGUCGUCAAUGGAUACAACAAGCCAAUGGAUACCUCUCGCGAGGCUUUCCUUGUGACCGCUUUUGUUUUUGCUAGCCCUCGUGUGGGAAACUCGAGCUUCAAAAACACCUUCUCUUCGUUAGGUGACAAUAUCCGCGUGUUGCGCAUUGAAAAUGCGAAUGACUUGGUUCCACACUUACCGUUGAAACUGCAAAUGAUGUGUUUCCCCAUGAAUAUAGGGUAUUCACACAUUGGGAAAGUUUUGAGGAUUGAUACAAGUAAGUCCCCUUACUUGAAACAACCUGGAGACAUACAAAGAUGGCAUGACAUGGAGACUUAUUUACAUGGAGUCGCGGGUACACAAGGUGAAGGAGAGUUCGACUUAGUUGUUCCACAUGUUCGCGCGAUUGCUCUUGUAAACAAGUAUUCAGAUGGUCUGAUUGAUGACUGCCAUGUGCCUGCUUACUGGUGGGUUGAGAAGAACAAGGGUAUGGUCCGAUGUGACAAUGGGUCAUGGUUGUUAAUGGAUCAUGAAGAAGUAGACGGCGAUGAUGGUAAUGGUGGUCGUAGCGGUGGUGGUAGUGGUGAUGGUGACGUCGAUGAUAAUGGUAACGAAGAUAAUGAUAAUGAUAAUGGUAAUGAUGAACAUGAAAUUGUUGUUGAUGUUGGUACAUCCAAUUAAAAUGCCUCAAAACACAUUGUUUGAUGUAUGAUAUGUGUUUCCAUUUGUACCCUACUUCCUAUUUGUAAAUUUCAAAUGGUUCUUGUGAUUGCAACUAUGAAUAACGUCAAAACAACUGUUUCAUCAUAUUUACAAUAAUGAAAUAACUUAUUGUUAGUAUU